AUGACAUCACAACAACAGUCCUCCCACGAGCAGAAUUCAACUAAACAGAGGAUCAACAUGGCUCAUGGAUUUAUGAAAUCUGUCAUUCGUAAUCAGAUUGACAGAGAUAACUAUGAUAAAGAAGUCAAAGCCAGGCAACAACAAGGCAGGUCACAUUACAGGCCAAAUGCAAACAGACCAAGAAAGCCAGAGAUUCAAACAUACAUCCCACCACAACGCACAAAAAAAGAUAUAGGUCAGUAUUUAUUCACUCUUGAGUACGAGCACAAAAAUGGUGAACUUUACAGUCUACACAUAUCAAAGAUUGACACAGCAGACGAGGUAGCUAGGAGAAUUGGGGAUAGAUUUGAACUCCCAGACACAUUUACUGAUGCUCUGGCUCAGCGAAUACAAGAAGAGAUGGAUAAACGAGCUGGAUGA